AUGCGUCACAGUUCGGCUUUUACAAUCCCUAGCUUUCUUUCCAUCGUUGCUAUAUUAGCUUCGGCUCAAGCGUCCCCAAAACCCACGGAAUGUUCAGCGUUUAGUGGAGACGCAACCUCGACUUUGGCAGCCCGCUGCACGUCUCCGUCGAUUCCGGCUUUGGCCAGGUCUUCCCAGAGCUCUGAAAAUCGUGAAGAAAAAGCAAAUCAAGAACUCAGCUUGACGCAACAACUUUUUCUCGCAUCAAGGCAAGAGAUUGGGAUUCGCGUUUGCUUUUGCUUGCUCGUGUUUGCUAACAAAUCCCAAAGCGCCGCGGACCGGUUUAAUCUUCUCCCGGACGAUUCUCAGUUUGUGUUCAACUUCAAUCAGACCCAGGAAGGCGCCGGCGAUGGUGGCAUGCUUGUAGCCGCAAACCGCAAAACCUUUCCCGCCUUGGUCGGGACGGGUUCUGGGAUGGCCGUUGGUCGUGUGGGGCCUUGUGGCCUCAAUACCUUCCACACCCACCCCCGAUCGGCAGAGCUGCAACUGGUCGUUGAAGGACGUCUUGUUACUGAAAUGAUGCCCGAAAACGGAAUCGUGGACGGCGAAGGAAAGCCCCGCGUAAUCAAGAACGAGAUUGGAACUUACCAGAUGACGCCGUUUUAUCAAGGAUCUAUUCACACGCAGUUCAACCCUGAUUGUUCCGAUGCCGUAUUCGUUGCUGCUUUUUCCAGCGAGGAUCCCGGCGCCGGCCAGGUGGUCGAGCAGACGGUCGCGUUCACGGACGACCUGAUCGCCGCCGCGUUUGGGCAGUCGAUUUCUGGCGAAAACAUUGAGGCCGUGCGCAAGGCGAUUCCCACUAGCAUUGCUCUUGGGGUGGAAAGCUGCCUGCAAAGGUGUGGCAUUGAGAAGAAGUCGAGGUGA